AUGGGUCACCCGCGCCCCGAGCGCCACGUGCUGGCAGCGCCGCCAGCCCCGCCUCAGCGCGGGCCAAUAGGACGCGGGGAGGGGAAAGAGCGCGGCGCUGAUUGGCUCAGGCGCUUCCGAAGCGCGUUGCCCGCCGAAGGCCUGCUGGGGCGGGGCGAGGCGUUGAUUGGCCGAGGCGCGGAGGGGCGUAUCCGAGCCCUCUUUGCUAGACGCGCGGGCUCCCGCGCGGCGGCGGAACCGAAUCGGGAUCCGGACCUGGACACAGUGCGGCGGGAGGGCAACCUUGGAUCCAGCUGCAGGAUGGCAAACUCAACACUUGGCAGCAGGGCCCUCCCCACUGCAGAGCUCUGGGCCUCCCAUAACAAGAUGGUAAUGGAGCCGCUGGAAACCAAUGACCCAGAGGUGCACAGCAUCAUCAAGAAGGAGAAGCAGCGGCAGAAGCUGGGGCUGGAGUUAAUUGCAUCAGAAAACUUUGCAAGCAGAGCAGUCCUGGAGGCUCUAGGAUCCUGCAUGAACAACAAAUACUCUGAGGGCUACCCAGGACAGAGGUAUGGGGCUGGAGCUGAGCCCCACUCAAUCCAAACCCUGGCAGGGAGGAAGAACCCUCUAAGCUGCCAGACCUCACCUCUGGAGGGGAAGCGAUGUCCUCGUGCUGGCAGCUGAGCUCCUCCAGGACAGGAUCUGACCCUCUCAGCCCCACAUGGGACAAUCUCAGCAGGGUCACAUCUACUGCAGCGG